CACGGGGUGUAAUGUUCACUGUUACUUAAACCUAUAUCUGGCAUUGCAUUUACUUCAAUUCAAUUCUGAUUAUUUUCAAACAUUUAAUUCACGAGUUUUAUUAAAAUCAUAAAUUAAAUUUUCAUUCAUAUUAUAUAACAUACAAUUUCUUGAUUCACAACAAAAAGCAACGCUUGCAGCAUUACACACCCCGAAAGUAAAUAAUAAUGCGCUUAAAACUUUGAUAAAAACACUAAUACAUAAAUAUGUUACAUCCAUUUGACUCACAACUAAUAUCUCCAUCAUGCAAAUUCAAUUUCUGACAAUUUUUACAGCCUACUUUUCAAACUGUGGCCACAUAUUAUGUCCGGGAUGCAAGAUAACAACACCUCCAACAGUGCCAAAACACCAUCCAGACAUAGCAUCGGCUCCUGGCAUGAUGACUGGAGUGAGGAAAUGAAACAACACGUUGACUAUGAGUAUCUGCGGCGGGGCCUCAGAGAACCUCUGGGUAAAGGCUCGACAGUCACAGUAAAUUACUCAGGCAACCCUUUGGUCGCCACCAGCAUUGAACUUACAGGAGUGACUCAUUCCAGUCAGCAUCAGCAGACAGAGCUGUGCGCAUCUGCAGCUGAAUCCAUCGCUAAAUCCAAGCACACCAUUUCCAAAAUCAUCCGGCAUAUGCAUCGCAUCGAGCACGACCUUUGCCUGACUCAGAGGGAGCUGAUCCGGGCUGCAGAUGAGGAAUCUCGCACCGUGAAUGCCACAGAGGCCAUCAACAAAAUGCUUGAGGACCUUCUGCUGCAGCGAAAAAAAAUCAAUGGACAAAUUGAUAAUGCAGUAGAUGCUGCGACUCGUCUUGAGCGCAUCAUUGCCUCAUUGUCAGAGCCCAAAGCAAAGGCAGUCCAUCAAAAAGCCAAAAUUUAAGAUUCAUUUUAAGUUUUUCAAGUGCCACUGCUGGCAGUUUAUAUGAGUUUGUAAUAACAGUUUAUUCGUCUUUCUCGGGCUGACGCAAAUGUAUUUUUUUUUAGAUAUUACCCGACUGCUUGUCAAAACAAUCCUUUGUAAUUUUUUUUUCAUAGUAAUUUUGUCUAAACAGCUUUUUCUAAUUUUCUACAAUUUCUUGACUAAAACGACAUCCCGUCUGAUGUAACAUCGAUUAUUUUGCAUUAAAAAUAUUUUUUGUAAACACAAUUUUCUUCACACCCUGUUUAAUUAAUAUUUAAACCGACAAUUUUUAAUUCAAUCGUGUCCGAAAAACUAUACGGCACACGAUUGUCAUCAAAACAAUAAAAUUUAUUACACUUUCACAGUUCUUAGCUCCUAUUAAGGCAUUACGUAAUUUUGUCAAGACACAAUCUAAUUACUUUUACAGCAUUACCUUCAUUAGAAUAUCAACCCUCAACUAGCAACAAUCAAUCACUGAUUUAUUGUCACAUAACUAUUUCUUUUGCCACCUAAUUUGACCAUUACAGAUUCAAUUCAUCUCUAAUGACGCGAUUUCUAGCAUAAUGAUUUGGUUCAACACAAUUUUUUUAAAUAAUAGUCAUUGCUUCAACAAUUAAAAAGCAUUAUAAACGUUAAAAAAUAAUAAUAAAACACGCUAUUAUUUGCAAUCAAUUCACUGGUUUUUCCCCAAAUCUUACAGUCUAAACACAUCCCGCCCAAAUUCAAGCUUCGCGCGCGAUUUUGAUUGGUCCUAAAAAUAACGCUCCAUCCAUAAAGCCUCCACGCCCACACAGCACCACAGCAACACACAGCACCAGAACCGCAUGCCGCUAACAAACAGUUAAUCCAAUCGCAUCCGCCAGAACGACAAGAACUCCAUGUAAGUUAUUAUCAAAUUACGCUUUUCAAUAUGGAACAAACACAACUUAUUUGAUAUUGCAUUA